AUGGCUCCUCUCGAGUUCAGCAUCGACCGGCUCCCGACAGACCUGUUCAUCGACAAUGAAUUUGUCCCUGCCCGGUCUGGCAAGACAUUGUCUGUUUUCAACCCGAAAGACGGAUCGCUCGUGUCGGACAAAGUGUCCGUGGCUGGUCCGGAGGACGUCGAUGUAGCGGUGGCAGCGGCGGAGAAGGCACUCCCCGCGUGGAAGCGAUUGAAGGCGGUCCAGAGACGAGACCUGAUGCUGAAAUUGGCGGAUCUGAUUGAAGAAAACAUCGAGGUCCUGGGUGAAUUGACGCGAAUCACUCUGGGAGCGCCGUUUGAGACCUGGGGGAAGCACGAGAUUCUGAUCGCAGUCGAGACUUUCCGGUACUACGCAGGCUGGGUCGACAAGCUUGCCGGAGAGACAUACCCGCAAGAAGACGGGUUUCUCAAGAUCGUCCGCAAUGAGCCCCUGGGCGUCGUGGCCGGCAUCGUCCCCUGGAACGGGCCCAUUGGGUCCAUCGGCAUGAAGGCAGCGCCUGCUCUGGCGGUCGGCAACUGUUUCAUUCUGAAACCCUCGGAGAAGACUCCGCUGGGAUCACUCGCCAUAGGCGCCCUCAUCCAGCAGGCUGGGUUUCCUCCCGGGGUCUUCCAGAUCCUGUCUGGGGACGGCUCGACGGGCGCCCUGCUCGCCAGCCACAUGCGCGUGCGCAAAGUCAGCUUCACGGGCUCGGUGUCUACGGGGAAGAAGAUCCAGGAGCUGGCCGCCAAGAGUAACUUGAAAAGAGUCACCUUGGAGCUCGGCGGGAAGUCACCCGUCGUCAUCUUCAAUGACUGCGACGUGAAGAACGCCUUGGAGUGGGCGGUCAGAUCCAUCACGGCAAAUACCGGCCAGGUCUGUUUCGCGGGAUCGAGAGUCUACGUCCAAGAAGGUCUCUACGAAAGCUUCCUCAAGCAGUACAAGGAGGCGAUCGAGGCGCGCGCCAAAGUCAUGGGCGAUCCGGAUGAUCCCAAGACCGAGCUCGGCCCGCUCAUUGACGAAGCACAGUUCCAGCGCGUGUCUGGCUUCAUAGAGCGGGGGCAAAAGGACGAAGGACAGAUACUGACCGGCGGCAAGAGGAUCGGAGACAAGGGAUACUUCCUCGAACCCACCGUCUUCACCAACGUCAAGUCGGAUGCCGAGAUCUACAGGGAGGAGAUUUUCGGCCCCGUCGCCGUGAUCAACAGCUUCAAGACGGAAGAGGAUAUAAUCGAGUUGUCCAACGACACCGAGUUCGGGCUGAUGGCCGGCGUCUUCACACAGGACAUCAACAAGGCGUUGAGGGUGGCUUCGGAGUUCGAUGCUGGCACGGUCGGGAUCAAUUGUGUGAGCCUGUUCGCCAUGACGGCCCCGUUUGGAGGCUCCAAGCAGAGCGGAAUUGGCAGGGAACUGGGACUGGCUGGGUUAAGGGCGUUUACGGAGCCCAAGACCAUCCUCGUCAACAUGAAUUACUGA